AUGUCUUAAGAUAGAGAAGUCUCUUACUUAAAUAAUUUCAAUUAUAGAGAAAAUAUUUUAAUUAAUGAAGAGGAUCAUAAAUUGUUUUAAGCGUUUCCUUAUAAAUAAAGAGACUGUGAAGUACAAUCAAUAAGCUAUUAUUAAACAAGUAGGAGAGACUUAUCUGCUAAUAAUGAGGAAAAAAAUUAAGAAAAUACGCAAGAUAACACAAUUUUACAAGCAUUAGAUGAAGCAGAAAGGCAAAAAUGCCAAAAUAUUUUAUAGUAAUAAGUAGAUAAAAGUUAAAAUAAGAACUUUUAAAAGUAGAGUUAAAAAAUUUUACAAAGCUAAAAAUUGAUCAUUCUAAAUACUGAUACUAACAUAAAGGAUUUAGUAUAUAAAAAAGAGCAGACAAGUAAACUCAUGAAUAUUCUUAAACUUUUAGUAAAUAUUUAACAUUUCUUUAGAAUACUCUCUAUGAACUCUAGAAUUUUCAAUAAACUUACCUAGCAUUAACAUUAUUUAAUAAGUGAUAUAUCAAGUUCUUAUACGAAAAAUUCAAAGUUAAAAAAGGGUUACAAAAAAUUCAAUCUCUUCAACAACUCUUUAUAUUUUCUUAUUGAGUUAAUUCAUAAGUUAGAUAAAUAUGUAUUUACUCCUUAAAGUAAUUUAAUCAAAGCUUGGGAUAUUCUUCAAUCAUUGCUAAUUAUAUUCUCUACUUUUUUAUUAAAUUUAGAGCUUUUCUUUGCCAUGAAUAUAUCUAGCUUCUAGUUGUUAUUUUAAGUCAUAUUUAUUAUCUCUAUAAUCGAUAUUUUUGUAGGAUUUAACACAGGAGUUCUUAAAAAAGGAAAUAUUAUCAUGGAAAGAAACUUCAUUAUCAAGUCGUUUAUUAAGAAUAGGUUUUUUUUUAUUUUAAUAGGAAAUAUACCUCUCUUUUUUUAUAUUUCAAAAGUAGAAGUUUCUACUUCUAUGAGAGUAUUAAUCAAUAUUUUUUAUGCUUUUAAGUGGAUAAAGGUUUCAGAUGUAUUAAAAUAAGUUGCAUUUUAUGUAUGUUAUGAAAAAGAUCAUAAAAAUAUCUUCGAUCUUUUGAAGCUUCUAAUUUUUGUGGUAGGAAUUUGCCAUAUUUUCUGUUUAUUUUGGCAUGGACUAGUGAUGUUUGAAAUUAAUAAUGGGAUAACAAAUAAUUGGUUGGAAAGUAAAAGCCUACUUGAUGCAUCUAUCUAAGAUAGGUAUAUUUACUCUUUUUACUUUUUAGCUGUUACUAUGGCAACUGUAGGAUAUGGAGAUAUCUCUCCAUAAAAUAAAUUUGAGGUUUUAUUUACAACAGUCACAAUUUUUGUCACAUGCAUAGUUUACGCUUUUAGCUUGAAUACAAUUGGCGCAAUUAUAGAAAAUAUAGAAAAAAAGGACAAAAAAUACAAAGAAAAUUUGUAAAUAAUUCAUGCAUUAAUGAGGGAAGAAGAAGUUUCAAGAAAUCUUAAGAUAAAAAUAUCUGACUAUAUAGAAUAUCUUUAUAAAGAAUCAAAUGAAAUUUAGAGGAAAUAAGAAAAGCUAAUAAUAGAAAAACUUUCCACUAAGUUAAGAAAUGACCUCAAUUUAGAAAUUUAAGGAAAAUACUUAAGUAACAUUCCGUUAUUCAAAUGUAUUAAAGAGAAAGAUAAAGUAGCAAAGAUAAUGGAAGAGUAACUAUAUUCCCCUUCAGAAAUUAUAUUCACUUAAGGAGACAUAGAUGAUUGCUCUCUUUAUUACAUAGUUAAAGGAAGUGUUUCUAUCGUUUUUGAAUCUGGUUAAAAUUCAAAUAGAGAAGCAAAAUAAAUAGAAUUUAAAGAGAAUAAAUAAUAUUUUGGAGAAAUUUCUUUCAUAACUGGAAAUCCUAGAACAUAUACUGCUAAAGCAACUGACUUCUGCAAAAUAUUUAAAAUUAAUAGAGAACAGUUUUUAUCAGUAAUAAAAUAGCAUGAUCAAGAUUAUGAAAAUUUUUAAAUGAUCAAAGAAGCAGUCACUUUUAGUAAUAAUUUUAAAUUUUGUUCUAUGUUUUGCUCGACAUGUCAAUCUGGAAAACAUUUUUCUAUGCACUGUCCCCGCACUCAUUUAACAUUUACUAAAUAAAUUAUUAUUUCUAGAUAUAAUAGUAGUUCACCAUAAGAAAGAGCUUCAUGUAACAGGAAAAAUACUAAGAAAAAUUACAUACAAAAAAAAAUGUAACUUUAAUAGGCUGUUUUGCAAAUUAAUAAUGUUGAAUCCUUAUCUGAAAUAAUUGAUUUUAUAGAAAACGGAUCUUAUUAUUAAGACCAAAUAGAAAAUGAUGCUAAUUGUAAAUAAGAAAUUCAAUUAGGAUCAGAAAGAGGAAUACGUUUAAGAAAUAAUACUCUAUCUUCAAAUUUAAUUACCACAAAAAAUGAGAAUUUUGGAAGUUAAUUAGAAACUAUAAGAAAGGCUUAAAAAUCAAUAGAAAGCCAACAAGAAAGAACUAUUGAUUAUUUAAAAAGAUAGAGUAAAAGUUAUUUAAAUUAAUAAAACAAUUUACAACUCACUUUCGAUCAAAACAAUUAGGCAUAAAAAUAAACAAAAAAAUCAUUCCUUUAUUCAGCCAGCCAAAACUAACAAUUUAUUUAAGAGCUUUAAAAAUAGGAGCUAAUAGAUAUUAAAUAAAAUUCAUCAACGAAUAACGAUGAAUUAUAACCAUAAUCUUAGUCUUCAAUAUCAUCAUUAACUUCUUAAAAUGAAAAAACUAAUUCAAUUGAUUCAAGUUUAAGCAUAGAAAAUAAAAUAGAAAAUAAUUCUAAACAGAAAAAAAGCUUUUUAACACCAAAUUCUUUAGAAGACAAGUAAAACUAAAAUUAAAUUGCAUUUGAAUAAAAAGAAGAGUUGUUGAUGCAAAAAAGGUAUUCUUAAAUUUCUUAGAGAAGAUAAUCAAAUAAAAAUAAUACAAGUAAAUUAAUCAAUAACAGUUCAAAAAACAUAAUUUUAAAUAGUGAUGUAAAUGAUUAGCAAUUACAAUAUAAUAGGUAUAAUGAUAAGCAAAAAAAUAAUAAUUCAUAAUAAAAUGAUAGAGCAACGAAUUUAAUUUUUCUAGCAAAAGAACCUAAUCAGUUAGAAAAUAAUUAAAAUGCAAUUUAAUACAAUACCUCUAAAAUAACAGAAGGAUAAAUGACUAAAAUUAGCAAUUUCCAAAUAUCUGCUGAACCUUUAACAUUAAAGUAAUUUCAGUAGCGGUCUUCAAAUAAUAGCUUAAUAUAUCUUCCCUAACUUUCUCUUAAAAAUAGCUAAAAUUAACUCAGUUUUUAAAAUGAAUAAAAAGCUACUUAGGGUACUAAUUCAUUAAGCUCUGGACAAUUUUCAAAGCAUAACUUAAUUGGAGUUUUAUAAAGUGAUAAAAAGAUGUAUGAUGUUACUGAAUCUUCAGAUUAAGUUAAUUAUUUGAUGCUAUAAAUUUUUGAUAAGGCUAAAAUAUAUAAUUAUUACUAAAACUAAUAAAUUAAAAAAACCAAAGAUUUAUUUUUAAUAUUUAAGUGGAAUAUGUCUUAAGAUAGAGGAGUCUCUUACUUAAAUAAUUUGAAUUAUAGAGAAAAUAUUUUGCUUAAUGAAGAGGAUCAUAAAUUCUUUUAAGCAUUUCCAUACAAAUAAAGAGACUCUGAAGUACAAUCAGUGAGCUAUUCUUAAACAAGUAGAAGAGAUUUAUCUGCAAAUAACGAGGAAAAAAUUUAAGAAAACACGCAAGAUAACACAAUUUUAUAAGCAAUAGAUGAAGCAUAAAGGCAAUAGUACCAUAGUGUUUUGUAGUAAUAAGAAAAUUCUAUUAAGUACUUUUAAAAGUAGACUUUAAAGAAAUUACAAACAUAAAAAUUGGUAAUUAUAAAUACUGAUGUUAAUAUAAAGGACUUAGCAUAUAAAAAUGAGUAGACAAGUAAACUCAUGAAUAUUCUUAAACUUUUAGUAAAUAUAUAACAUUUCUUUAGAAUACUCUCUAUGAACUCUAGAAUUUUCAAUAAGCUUACCUAGCAUUAACACUAUUUAAUAAGUGAUAUAUCAAGCUCAUAUACAAAAAAUUUUAAUUUAAAAAAGGGUAACAAUAAAUUCAAUAUCUUUAACAACUCUUUAUAUUUUCUUAUUGAUUUAAUUCAUAAGUUAGAUAAAUAUGUAUUUACUCCUUAAAAUAAUUUAAUCAAAGCUUGGGAUACUUUAUAAUCAUUGCUAAUUAUAUUCUCUACUUUUCUAUUAAAUUUAGAACUUUUUUUUGGUAUGAAUAUUUCUAACUUCUAGUUAUUGUUUUAAGUCAUAUUUAUUGUCUCUAUAAUUGAUAUUUUAGUCGGAUUUAACACAGGAGUUCUUAAAAAAGGAAAUAUUAUCACUGAAAGAAACUUUAUUAUCAAGUCGUACAUUAAAAAUAGGCUUUUUUUUAGUUUAAUAGGAAAUAUACCUCUCUUUUUUUAUAUAUCCAAAGUAGAAGUUUCUACUACAAUGAGAAUUUUAGUCAAUAUUUUUUAUGCGUUUAAGUGGAAUAAGGUUUCAGAUGUAUUAAAACAGAUUGCAUUUUAUGUAUCUUACGAAAAAGAUCAUAAAAAUAUUUUCGAUCUUUUAAAGCUUCUAAUUUUUGUGAUAGGAAUUUGUCAUAUUUUCUGUUUGUUUUGGCAUGGGCUAGUAAUGUUUGAAAUUAAUAAUGGAAUAACAAAUAAUUGGUUGGAAAGUAAAAAUCUACUUAAUGCAUCUAUCUAAGAAAGAUAUAUUUAUUCCUUCUACUUUUUAGCUGUUACUAUGGCAACUGUAGGAUAUGGAGACAUCUCUCCUUAAAAUUAAUUUGAGGUUUUAUUUACAACAGUCACAAUUUUUGUUACAUGCAUUGUUUAUGCUUUUAGCUUAAAUACAAUUGGUGCAAUCAUAGAAAAUAUAGAAAAGAAGGACAAAAAAUACAAAGAAAAUUUGUAAAUAAUUCAUGCAUUAAUGAGGGAAGAAGAAGUUUCAAGAAAUCUUAAGAUAAAAAUAUCUGAUUACAUAAAAUAUCUUUAUAAAGAAUCAAACGAGAUUUAAAGGAAACAAGAAAAACUAAUAAUAGAAAAACUAUCAGCUAAAUUAAGAAAUGACCUCAAUUUAGAAAUUUAAGGAAAAUACUUAAGUAACAUUCCGUUAUUCAAGUAUUUUAAAGAGAAGGAUAAAGUAGCAAAGAUAAUGGAAGAGCAACUAUAUUCACCUUCAGAAAUUAUAUUCACUCAAGGGGACAUAGAUGAUUGCUCACUUUAUUACAUAGUUAAAGGAAGUGUUUCUAUCAUUUUUGAGUCUGGUUAAAAUUUAAAUAGAGAAGCAAUAUAAAUAGAACUUAAAUAAAAUAAAUAGUAUUUUGGAGAAAUUUCUUUCAUAACUGGAAAUCCUAGAACAUAUACAGCUAAAGCAACUGACUUUUGCAAAAUAUUUAAAAUUAAUAGAUAAUCAUUUUUAUCAGUAAUAAAAGAGCAUGACCAAGAUUAUGAAAAUUUUUAAAUGAUCAAAGAAGCAAUCACUUUUAGUAAUAAUUUUAAAUUUUGUUCGAUGUUUUGCUCAACCUGUAAAUCUGGAAAGCAUUUAUCUAUGCAUUGUCCCCGCACACAUUUAACAUUUACUAAAUAGAUUAUUAUUUCUAGAUAUAAUAGUAGCUCACCACAAGAAAGAGCUUCAUAUAACAGGAAACAUACUAAGAAAAAUUAUUUACAAAAAAAAAUGUAGCUUUAAUAGGCUGUAUUAUAAAUUAACAAUGUUGAGUCCUUAUCUGAAAUAAUUGAUUUUAUAGAAAAUGGAUCAUAUUAUUAAGACCAAUUUGAUAACGAAGCUAACUAUAAAUAGGAAAUUCAAUUAGGAUCAGAAAGAGGAAUACGCUUAAGAAAUAAUACUCAUUCUUCAAAUUUCAUUUCAACAAAAAAUGAUAAUUUUGGAAGUUAGCUAGAUACAAUAAGAAAAGCUUAAAAAUCAAUGGAAAACCAGCAAGAAAAAACUAUUGAUUAUUUAAAAAUAUAGCGUAAAAGUUACUUAAAUUAAUAAAACAAUUAACAACUAAAUGUCGAUCAAAAUAAUUAGACAUAAAAAUAAACUAAAAAAUCAUUCCUUUAUUCAGCCAGUCAAAACUAAUAAUUUAUUUAAGAGCUUUAAAAAUGUGAGCAAGUAGAUAUAAAAUAAAAUUCUUCAAUGAAUAACGAUGAAUUAUAACCAUAAUCUUAGCCUUCUAUAUCAUCAUUAACUUCUUAAAAUGAAAGAAAUGAUUCAAUUGAUUCUAGUUUAAGCAUAGAAAAUAAAAUAGAAAAUAAUCCUAAGCAGAAAAAAAGCUUUUUAAUACCAAAUUAUUUAGAAGACAAAUAUUUUGUUGAUAAACAAAAAAAUAAUAAUUAAUAAAACGAUAGAUCAAUUAAUUUAAUUUUAUUAGCAAAAGAACCUAAUUAAUUAGAAAAUAACUAAACUACAAUUUAAUUCAAUACCUCUAAAAUAACAGAAGGAUAAAUUACUAAAUUUAACAAUUUCCAAAUACCUGCUGAACUUUUAACAUUAAAAUAGUUUCAAUAACUGUCUUCAAAUUAUAGUUUAUAAAACCUUUCCUAACUUUCUCUUAAAAAUAGCUAAAACUAAUACAGUCUAUAAAAUGAAUAAAAAGUUAAUUAGGGUACUAAUUCAUAAAGCUCUGGUUAGUUUUCAAAACAUAACUAAAUUGGAAUUUUAUAAAGUGAUAAAAAAAUUGAUGAUAUUACUGAAUCUUCAGAUUAAGUUAAUUAUUUGAUGCUAUAAAUUUUUGAUAAGGCUAAAAUAUAUAAGUAUUAUUAACCUCACUUUAACUAUACGGAAAUUGUUUAAAAAUGGAUAAAAAACAACUAGAAAAUAAAUCCAAUUUUAAAUUAGUUUUAAAUGAAUGAUAUAAGUAUGAAUGAAUUAGUCAUCACUAAAAAUUGA